AUGUACCGAAAACGACUGACCAAUUUCCAGUCAUACCACUCCGAUAGUAGUAAAAGGAGUAAAAAACAAAAAUUACGCUUUCAACGGGCAUGUAGAUCUAUUUUCUACAACCGUGGCCACAAACCAAAGAAAAAACCUCACAAACGUUCGAUCACUAAGGAAGAAAAGCUUUACCGUGCUCGGCAACACCACUUCCUUUUUUUACCUUCACUAGUUAUUGCUAAACCUAUAGAACAUUUAAAAUAUUAUAAAGGGUUUAUGCUCCGAACUGAGGAUGAUUAUAAAUUUCCUAUACCUCCUAAGCGAUCUAGAGGUCCUGUAGGCGCAGGAGCUGUUAUAACUACGAUACAAGAUCGACUCUCUCGACAACAUCCUGGGAAUAAGUUACCUAGUACUUCACAUACUCACUCACCUGCCACCCACUUACAACCCAUUCUCCUCAAUGAAGAGAAAACGUGGCAUGAGAAGUUGGGCAUCUGGAUUCCUAAUGACCUUUUUCCCUACGUAACCGAGGAACCUAUCUAUAUCUCCAAAAGACAAGAAAGACUCAAAGGCCAACAAUAUGAACCAGGUUGUAUAUACUGGUUUGACGCUAUUAGAAAACGUAAAAAUGCUCAUGAACUAGCUAUACAACGACAAAAAGAACACGAAGCAAGAGAAGUUUCAUGUCUUGCCCACGAAGCAGAACUUUCCACUAGAGCUAAACUCUGGGGUACUUCUACCAACCGUAUAGAAUAUCGUGAAGAUAUGACCAAAGAUCUUACUAAAUUUCAAGAUCAUUUCCACAAGAAAAUCACACCUUUAAUUGACCGCCGUUCCGUUCUACAGAACAGACUCAGUCAAAGCAAAAAUGUUUACAAAACUAACAAACAAUUGCUCCAACUAGAGCAUGAAUUAGGUUGUUUUAAUAUUGAAUAUUUUUCAGUCAUAGACGACAACGGACCUCACUACCGUUAUAAAGGACACACCUCGGACGACACAAAACAAUUAGAACUUAGACCUCACAAGCGUCCCCCUAUCUUAAGUACAAAUACAGAUAGGCACAGUAUUGACAUCAAAAAAUUGAGACUUGAUAUGACGUCUCCUGAAGACUUGAAAGUCUUCACUCUUCCUUAA